AGGUGACCAGGCGCCGGGAGCCUUGGUAACGCGCGGGCCGCGUGCUUCCCGGGACUGUGUGACUAGGAGGCAGCCGGAGCUGUGUCUGCUCUUUGCCGCCGGCAUGAAGAUCGAGGAGGUGAAGAGCACCUCGAAGACGCAGCGCAUCGCCGCGCACAGCCACGUGAAGGGGCUGGGGCUGGAUGACAGCGGCGCGGGCCAGNCGGCGGGGGCGGGGCUGGUGGGGCAGGAGAAGGCUGGGGAGGCUUGUGGUGUUAUAGUGGAAUUGAUCAAAAGCAAGAAAAUGGCUGGUAGAGCUGUGCUAUUGGCAGGACCUCCUGGAACUGGCAAGACUGCUUUAGCUCUAGCUAUUGCUCAAGAGUUGGGAAGCAAGGUUCCAUUUUGUCCUAUGGUUGGAAGUGAGGUCUACUCCACUGAGAUCAAGAAGACUGAAGUCCUGAUGGAAAAUUUCAGAAGAGCCAUUGGGUUGAGGAUAAAAGAAACCAAGGAAGUUUAUGAAGGUGAAGUCACAGAAUUAACUCCAUGUGAGACCGAGAAUCCAAUGGGCGGAUAUGGCAAAACAAUUAGCCAUGUAAUUAUAGGACUCAAAACAGCAAAAGGAACGAAACAGCUGAAGCUGGACCCCAGCAUCUUUGAAAGUUUACAGAAGGAACGAGUAGAAGCUGGAGAUGUGAUUUACAUUGAAGCAAACAGUGGAGCCGUCAAGAGGCAAGGCAGGUGUGAUACGUAUGCCACAGAAUUUGACCUUGAAGCUGAAGAGUAUGUCCCCUUACCAAAGGGGGAUGUACACAAGAAAAAAGAAAUUAUUCAGGAUGUCACCCUCCAUGACCUGGAUGUGGCCAAUGCUAGACCUCAGGGUGGACAGGAUAUCCUUUCCAUGAUGGGACAAUUGAUGAAGCCUAAAAAAACUGAAAUCACAGACAAGCUUCGAAGUGAGAUAAACAAGGUGGUGAAUAAGUACAUUGAUCAAGGCAUUGCAGAGCUGGUCCCAGGUGUGCUCUUUGUAGAUGAGGUUCACAUGCUGGAUAUUGAAUGUUUCACAUAUCUGCAUCGAGCACUAGAAUCUUCUAUUGCUCCCAUCGUCAUCUUUGCUUCCAACAGAGGGAACUGCAUCAUCAGAGGCACAGAGGAUAUAGUGUCCCCUCACGGAAUACCACUGGACCUUCUGGACAGAGUGAUGAUUAUUCGAACUAUGCUGUAUACACCUCAGGAAAUGAAACAGAUCAUAAAACUCCGAGCCCAGACAGAAGGAAUUAAUAUUAGUGAGGAAGCCCUAAACCAUUUAGGGGAGAUUGGCAACAAGACAACUUUAAGAUAUGCUGUGCAGUUAUUGACACCAGCUAACCUGCUAGCCAAGAUUAAUGGGAAAGACAGCAUUGAGAAGGAGCACAUUGAAGAAAUAAAUGAACUUUUCUACGAUGCCAAAUCAUCUGCAAAAAUCUUGGCUGAUCAUCAAGAAAAGUACAUGAAAUAACACAGCUUGAUGCACACCACAUGCUUUGGAGUACCUUUUAACACUUUCAGGGGAUGAUUUAGUUAUUGAAAGAGAGAUGAGCAGGAGAAAUGUGUAAUGGUUAAUCUCCAUUAGGACUGAAAAGUAUUUAAAUGUUAAGAUACUUCAAGAUAUGAAGCUGACAGUUUAAUAUUCCUACUUUUGCUGGCAAGCAAUAAGAUGCUGUCUGAUGCCUGUAACAUUUUAGUGUCCCUUAUAUUGAGUCUAUACAAAAUGGAUAUGCUGACUCGUCAUUUUGCUUAUCCUUUCGAUUUGGUUACCAAAAACAUUCUAGGCUCAAAUCUCUUGAUUUCUCGUGCUGAAGCUGACGCUUAAACACAGUCUGUUUUCUUUAUGAACUCUGUUUUAAUGUAAUUUGUUUGAACAAAGAGCCCUUCCUUCUAAAAUUUUGAAAUGGUUGUCUGAAGUGCUUUUUGUAAAAUAAAUUUCAAGUAAAAUAUUUCAUUCUGUAUUCUGA